UUACUGUUCUUGUUGUUUUCAACUAGAACCUAAACAAACCGGUUUUGCUGCUACUAACAUGUUGUGUUAAGAAACCCUUGGCAUAUCAGUCUACAUUUAACAACAGCAGGGAUGGUGUCCUCAGAUACACUCGGAAAAGAUGGGCAAUAGUGCCUGCUCUUGCUGUUUGCUGUGUUUGAAGGAAAAGGAAGCAGUUAUAGAUGUGCACAAACUAGUGUACAAAUCGAUCUGCGAAUACCCCUGUAAUACCCUGAGUGAUCUGACACUCAGAAGAGGUGAUAUCUUGGAGGUGAUUGAAGAAGGGGAACGCUGGGUAUUCGCAAAGAAAAUCUCACCUCAGCAUGACAAGAAAGGAUUUACUGAAGAACAGAUCCACGUACCAAGAGACUUUGUUAAACCAGUGGAUAGUUUGGAGGCACAGCCAUGGUAUUUUGAAAACAUCACAAAUCGCACUGGGGCCAAAAGAUGUCUUCUGAGACCAGAAAACAGUGAGGGUGCAUUUCUUGUGUGGAGAAGUACAGAGAAUAAUUGCUUCUACCUUUCAGUCAAGAAUGGGCCCUAUGCAAGGCAUUACAAAAUUAGGGAAACAGAAUCUGACAAGCGGUUUUACCUUGUUAGUCGGAAAACAUUUCAGACCCUUCCUGAGUUAGUGCGAUCAUAUUCCAAACAUCAGGAUGGACUUUGUGCACGCCUUAACCUCCCUUGUAUUAUGCUGGACAAUCCAUCUCUUCCCAGCCUGUCAUAUGAGGAACAAUGGGAAAUUGACCGAAACUCUUUGACAAAAGUGAAGAAGCUUGGCAGUGGGGAAUUUGGAGAAGUGUGGCACGGGAUGUGGAACAAUAUGAUAGACGUGGCUAUUAAAGAGUUUCGAGUUAUCAGCCCAGAUAUUCAGACAGAGAUAAAGAUCAUGAAAGAACUUCAGCAUAAACACCUACUCAGGCUGUAUGCUGUGUGCACUGUUGAUGAGCCCUUCUGUAUUGUUACCGAGCUCAUGAAAAAUGGAAGCUUGAAGAAAUACCUGAUCAGUCACAAAGAGUUGAGAGAUGUUGAGUUUACACUCAUGGUGGACUUUGCAGUGCAGAUUACAGAAGGGAUGGAAUAUUUGGAGAGCAAGAACAUAGUUCACAGAGACUUGAGAGCUGAUAAUAUCCUACUGACUGAAAUGCUGUCUUGCAAGAUAGCAGAUUUUGGAUUAGCUCAGUUUAUUUUUCCCCAGGAUCAGCAGUUAUCUUCAGGUAAAGUCCCAAUAAAAUGGAUGGCACCUGAAAUCUUCGCUGGAAAGGACUACACAAAAAAAUGUGACGUCUGGUCUUUUGGGAUCCUCUUGACUGAAAUUAUAACAUAUGGAAAUGAUCCAUACCCAGACAUGGACAAUGUGGCUUGUAUUCAGGCCAUUCAGAGGGGAGAAAGGAUGGAACGACCAUCAGACUGCCCUGUAACAUUGUAUGAUAUCAUAUUACUGUGCUGGCAUUCCAACCCUGAUGAAAGGCCAGCAUUCAUGGAGCUUCACGAUAAGUUAAGUGCUCUGAUCCCAGAACCUGUUGUGGUGCUUGAUGAGAACUUUGCUACUGUAGAUAUAAACUGAUGCAUUCUGGACUUUUGGUGUGGGGUUUAUUCAUUUUCCUGAUGCCUGGAAUAAACUACUGCCUCAAAUAUAUGAUAUCUACAUUUAAAUAAAAACCCUACAAACAUAUUCCAACAAAAUGCUGCUGCGGUAAUAUUAUCUGUUGGGAUGCUAAUGUUUUUAAAUCAUUUUUCUAAAGUGUUGGUCUUGCAGCAUUGUCUUUAAAACAAAAAUACAAGAUGUGCUUUUGUAUUGAAUUUCCCUUUAAAUCAAUAUUUUGGCUGUGUUCAGACUGAAAAAGCUGACUGUAAGGGUGACUGAUACAUCUGCAGUGAUGUCUGAUUUAGUUAUUACCAAACUGAACUGAAAGAAAACCCUUUAUUGAUCAUGGACGCUCGAUAUUUAAAUUGUGCCAAAGAAAUAAACCAGAAAGCAAAAAUAAUCUCCAUCUCGACCGAACCAUGCAUUCCAAAUUCAUCUCAUCUCAUCUCAUUAUCUGUAGCCACUUUAUCCUGUUCUACAGGGUCGCAGGCAAG